AUGUUGGACACCCUUGGACACGCUAUCAAGUUGGGCAACAGUUCCAGUUUUGGACCAAGUGAUGUUGAGCGAGUCUUAGUACCCAUAUUUGACAGCUUCAUCCUUGUAACUGGGGUUGUUGGACACAUUCUGGUUCUCAUCAUUAUUUGUCGUACAAUGCGGCAAGGACGUGGACAGCCUAGUGGAUGCAGAACAGGAGGAAUCCAACAAACAAACACAAAUGGAACAGACAUUCUUCUUUUGUCAUUAAGUGUGGCGGAUCUGUUGCUACUGUCUUGUCUUCCCUAUCACACAGUCGCCAUCGCAACCCAUCACUGGCCCUUUGGUAGCUUCAUGUGCAAGUCUGUGAGCUUCCUGAGUGCGAUGUGUACCUCUGCGAGUGCCUUUACACUAGCGGCUUUGGCUUUUGGACGAUAUAUAAUCGUGGUCCAUCCAUCAAAAGCAUAUCGAUGGCGCAGAUAUUUAAAAGUAGUUGCAGGUGCACUUUGGAUACCAGCUAUCGUUUUGGCAUCGCCUCAGUUUGCUUGGCGGACACUGAUGUCAGGGCCAGAUGACCGUGAAUCCCGUGAGGACUUGGCAUGUUUCAAUUUCCUAUCUGACAAGGACCAGUUGGCAUAUGGAGUGUGUCAUUUCUUAUUGGCCUUUGCCUUUCCACUUGGGAUUAUUGUAACAGCCUACACCAAUAUCUACCAUUUCCUCAAAAGCACCAGACAGGGCCGUACAUGCCAGAACGAUCGUUUGGAACACUAUCACAUGCAGGUAACGCAAACGUCGGCUCUGUUAGUGCUUGCUUUUGCAUUGUGCUGGUUGCCUUCCUAUGGUCUGAUGUUUGCCCAAAUAGCUAAAAGUGAUGUGGUUGGUCCUUUACCACACUUUGGACCUUUUGCUACAUUUGCUCGAAUAAUGGCAACCUCGUCUACUGUGGCUAACCCCAUUCUCUACGUUUUCAUGUCAGAGAAAUUCAGGAAGGAACUAAUGAAUCUGGCUCAAGGAUGCUGUGGAAGCAGAGCCUCCUAAAUGCAAUGGGAUUCCACUGUUUUUUCUAAUCAUGCUUCUUGUCAAAGUCCAAUCCCAUAGAAAUUCAGCCUGAUCUCUAAUUACAUGGUCCAUUACAUGUACUGCGGCAGUUCUAAAGUGAAAUAUACACAGUGUGGCACUAAAAGCGAGUUCUCCCAACAGAUGAGGUUUUUAAGUUUAAUGAUGUAUUGAGUUUUAAAUCAUGAAAAUCUACCUCCCCACCUUAAACCUAACCAAUAGUGCCAUAAAAACACAUGUGAGAUUAAAUCAGAUGUUUAGUAAGUUUAAUGCUGGGUCAUUUGUGUCAGUU